AUACCAAGGUGAAGCUAGGCGGUGUAUUUAAGUUUUCUGUGUUGCAUGUGGUGAUGCUGCGCCGCCGCUGGGUUUCUGGAUGUCUUCCGAACCUCCGAGAGUCAUCGCAUUAAUAUACUGUUUGACAUACGUAUGAGCGAUCCUCCUGUACUAGAUGAACCUUCAGAUGUUAAUAAGACAGAACUAUUUAAUUUGGAUAAUCUUUGUUAUCGAGAUGAAGGAAAUAAUACAAUCGUAGUAUCCAAUACAAAGACUAGUUUGAUAUUGCGAAUUCGGAAAACCAAUGUUGGACGAAAUGGUUUUACUCCAGGGAUACUGGUCCAAGGCUCACACCAAACGAUCCGAGAUAUUUGCAAAUCAGCGUAUACUUCUUCAGUUUGGUUCUCAAUUUCUUCGCAGCAUACAUCUCAUCAAAACAAGUCCCACGUUUCUUCGUGAACUAGGAAAAUCAAUCGAACCUUUUAGACCCGCCUACCGUAAAGUCAAAGGAGUGGACCUUUCUGAGAAUUUUGUUUUUGUCACAUCAGAUGCAACACAGAUGCCAUCACAUCUUGUGGAAUAUGCCUUCGGUCCAACUUUAAGCGUAGAAAUUAAGCCAAAGUUUGGUGCUAUCCCAUUAUGGCCUGCUACCGGCGUUGUUAAUCUAGUUAAAAACUCCGCUUCACUGUUCUGUUUAAGGCAAGAACAUUCUAGUAAACGAUCACGUUGGAAAGACCUGUCAACAUAUUGUCCUUGUGACCUAUUUUCUGGUGAUCGUGACCGACUGGUACAUGGUUUAAAUGCUCUUCUGACUACGCCCCAAAAUAAUUUUCGAGUUUACUUGGAUAGUAAUCCUAUUUAUUCUCAUGACGUCGAUAAACUAGAUUAUGGAUUGAAUAAAUUUUUUCACUUGGAACAUAAUUCAAUUUCUUCAAGUGAACAACAAAGUGCACUUCCCAAUGUUUUUGAUCAUAGGAAUGUUUGUCGUUGUUCCGAAGCAUGUCAAUUCGCCAAUGAUAGGGACCGAUUGGUACGUGGCACUCUACUGAAAGCAUUGUUGCACAAGUUUGACUGUACAAAUGAUGAUACGAAGGCGCUCAUUCCAAUCAACUCAACUGAUCGUCAACCUUUUUCAAUGCAUUGUGCAUUACAUGCAGAUCAAAAAUUUCAUUCAACUUCAUGUGAUAAUUGUUAUAGCAUACAAAGAAAUUGUACACUACCAGAUGGUUGUAUUUUACAACGUAUACUUUCUGUUCAAUUGUUGAUCACGACAGAUGUUGCUUUUAUCUUCCCGCAUUAUAAACGUGUACGUACUUUUUUAACAUCACAUGGAUGGACAUGGGAGAUGUGGCUUAAACUAGCACAGAAAGGUGAAGUGUCAAAAUAUUUGCACACAGAAGAAAUCGCUGAAAGUUUUGAUAUAGUUGAAAAAUACUUGAUCUCUUUAAUUGCUCGGGAUUGCUCAAUUAUGAUUACUGUACAACGUGCAAAACCUGAGUAAGGAUUUUGCUUAUUUUCAUACGAGAGAUGCCAUUUUCAUAUCACUUUAAUUGUAGAAGAUCAAUCAGUUAUCUCACCGCCACAAAUUCCUUUUUGUGUAUCUAAUUCGUACAUCAUUUUAUGUAUUUCUUUAAAUACGUCCCCAAUAAGUACCAAAUACUGGUACGUUUGUUUCAUUUCCAUACAAAAUCUUAUGAAGUUAUUGAAGCCAUUUUUAUUUAUACUAAAAAGUGAAAGAUACUUUCGUAUAACAAUAUGAAACAUAUUUACGACCCACAUUAAACGUCAGCGCAGUGAAUUUGUGUUAUCUCAUUGUUUUAAAUCUUAUUUCGUAGUCCUAAUACACAGUCAGUACGCCUGCUCCUCACUUAUGUGCGGAAAAGCUGUCCACUACCAUCAUCUGUUAUUUCGGGUACAUGCUGUUGUAUUCCAAGAAUGUUACUUAGUUGUGCCAUUAUAGAUCUAGAUCCGAAACCCUUGGAUAAACUACGUGAUCGACUAGAUUUGGAGACAGCCGUUGCAAUGGAAGCGAUCAAUCGACAGUUUAAACUGCUGUUACCGAAAAGUCUUUCAUAAUAUAUAUUCUCAGAUUCUUGUAUCUUCUGUAUUAGUUUUCAGCAUUUGUUUCGCCUUAACUUUUAAAUAGUCCCUACCUGAUUGUCACUUUUUUGUACACAUACGUAUCUACCGCUCAAUUUGGAUAUCCAUAUUGCGACUAAAAGUUUCUCUUCUUGCAUAAAAAAGUACUUUCAUUCUGUGUUGGACGAUCUUUAGUGAUAAAAAAACAUAUGGGAAAUAAUUCAAAUACCUCUAUUUUGUAGAUUUGUACUCGCGUGCAUAUUUAGUAUGCAUGAUAUAAAUCAUAACAAAUGUUAUUUAUUAGAACUGUUAUGUCUCUUUUGAAAUCGACUGAAAAUUACAGUUGAUCCAAAUGUUACAGUGUGCUUCCGAAUUAUAAUGUAAGAUUUUUCUUUAUUAUUAUUGGUUUGUUUGUGCUCUUGUCUUAAUGUCUAGAUACGACGGCGACGUUUCAGAGUUCUUUUCUUGGUUCCCGACCUAACAUUCACAGACUUCUUGUUAUUACUACACUUUUGCCCUUCACAAAACCAACUAGCUCUGUAGAAUUUUGCAACAUUUUGUACAGUGUAAAAUAAAGAAGUAUUGUCAUCUUGUCAAUAAACUUCAAAAGUCAGCU